AUGAGUGACGCUGCAAAGGUGAUUCUUGUGACCGGUGGCUCAGGUCUUGUUGGGCAUGGAAUACGUCUGGCAUUGGAGAAUUACAAUCUGAAAGAAUCUGGUGAAAAAUGGAUAUUUGCCUCUUCAAAGGAUAUUAACCUCUGCAGUUACACGGAGACUUUGGCUUACUUUGAGAGUGUCAGGCCUACGCACGUCGUCCAUCUGGCAGCCAAAGUUGGUGGACUCUUCGCAAACUUGAGUGACAAUCUCGGUUUUUUUCGAACCAAUAUGCAAAUUAACGAUAAUCUGCUAGACGCGUGUUCGAAGUUUGGCGUGCGGAAGACUAUCUCCUGCCUUUCAACCUGCAUCUUUCCUGAUAAUACCACCUACCCCAUUGAUGAAACUAUGGUACACAAUGGACCACCUCAUUUCUCCAACUACGGCUACGCCUACGCGAAGCGUAUGAUUGAUGUGCUCAAUCAUGCCUACACAGAGGAAUGUGGGACAGUGUUUACCUCCAUCAUCCCCACGAACGUAUUUGGUCCUUUCGAUAACUUUAAUUUGGAAAAGGGCCAUGUCCUCCCCGCUCUUAUUCACAAGGCAUACUUAGCAAAAAGCAAUCCGCUCUUUUUCCUUUCCGCAGAGGCUGAUGAGCCGUUGCUGGUGCUGGGCUCGGGCGCGCCCCUGCGACAGUUCAUCUAUUCCAUCGACCUUGGCCGUCUGAUAGUGUGGGUGCUGCGCCACUACGAUCAGCCUGAACCCAUUAUUCUCUCCGUCCCCGAGACCGACGAAAUCUCCAUCAAGGAUGCCGCCUCUGUCAUCGUCUCCGCCAUGGGAUGCACGGGUCUCACUUUUGACUCAUCCAAGGCGGAUGGGCAAUUCAAGAAGACAGCCUCAGUGGGGAAACUAAUGUCCCUCUAUCCUAAUUUCCAAUUCACUCCUUUCCCAAAGGCUAUCGCAGACACCUGCGAGUGGUUCACCGUAAACUUUGAUACGUGUCGAAAGUGA